AUGACGGGCGAUGCCACGCUCCCCGCAGCACGGUCGACAUCUGGCGACAGCGCGCAACGCUCGCGAAGGGCGAGGACAAGCAAGCCCAAGGUCAAGACGGGUUGCAACAAUUGCAAGCAGAGAAGAAUCAAGUGUGACGAGAAGAAGCGGCCUGCUUGCACUCAAUGCGUUCGGUCCAAAAAGACCUGCACGGGCUACCCGCCGCCACCUCGGACCAAGAUCUUCGAAGAGGUCAAGAUAGCACCCAGACCCAGCGCAAGUGCCAGUUUCCAUCCCAUAUCACCGUUGACUUCCGCCAUACGGUCAUCUGCGCGGCGGCCAGUUGACGUGCAAGUGCGAGCAAGGUCGGCGGCGCGACGACUGACUCCACCCCAGACGCCCACGGCCACAACAAGUUCCCUUACUGUCCACCGUCCCAGCGUCAAUCUGCCCUUCGAUCCUCAAGAGGGCCUGUACUUCCAGUUGUUUCGUGAGCACACGGCGAGCGAGUUAUCUGGUUUCUUUGAUUCCUCCUUCUGGAGUCGCAGCGUCUUGCAAGAAUGUCACUCGGAAAAAGCCAUUCGGCAUUCAGUCGUCGCCCUGGGCGCGCUCUACAAGACGCUGGAGAAGAUGUCUGAAUCGCCUCCGUCGACGCCAGGUGAUAACUGCGACCCUUCCGACCACGCGAUACGACACUGGGAAGUUGCUUUCCGUCAAUAUUCCUUCGCAAUCAAGGCCAUGGUUUCAUCAACAUCCCAGGACCAAUCCUCCCAGCGAACUAGCCUCAUGGCAACCGUACUGUUGGCCUGCUUUGAUUCUUUUAUUGGUGAUCAUAAACAGGCCAUUGUUCAAAUCCAAAAUGGUCUGGGUCUUUUGGAAAAGCUUCGUGCUGAACGUCGGAGGGCAUUCAUGCCGGGCCCUGAGGAGCCGGUCGAGCAGGAUCUCAUUCAAAUGUUCACCCGUCUCGCCAUCCAAGCGAAAUCCUACGACAUGGCCUUCCAUUUCCCCAAGCCCUUCGUCAUCCGUCUGACGCCUCAGAAGAACGACCCUACAUCGCCAUCAUCGGAAGGCGGGUCUCCGGUUUCGACGAACCAGUCUCCCAUACCACCCACGUUCCAUUCACUUCAUGACGCUCGUCUCGCUUGGGAUUCACUCUGCGAGAAGAUAUUGCGCUUCACCGAAACCAUGUUUCAGUAUACAAACACCACAAGCCCAAUGGGUGUCCUUCCGACCUCGCUCAAGCAAUUCGGCAUGGGGUUUAAAGCCGAGAUAGAAGCGUGGUCUAAUGCAUUCGAGAAUAUUCUCACAUCCAGGACGUCUCCGGGGAAAAGUAGCCAGGAAAAGGCUGCCAUUUCGGUACUGAAAAUGUUCCAGAUUAUGGGGGAGAUACUGUUCUUCAUGACAUUUAGCGAUAGCGAGUUACAGUUUGACGCAUUCUUGCCACAAUUCAAAGGAAUCGUCAAUCUAGCCAUAGAGGUGGUUGGAGACGAGGAGCGGAGGGCUGCCGCCAAGAGGUGCCCAGAUCCUCAAUUCUGCCAACACCGUUCUCAUCACCAGGAUAUGUUCGGAGGCGAGUAUACGGCGCGGCACAUCAAGCCCAGUUUCAGCGCCGAUCUAGGCAUUGUUCCACCCCUUUUCGUUGUGGCCACCAAGUGCCGGGAACCCGUGACAAGGAGGCAAGCAAUAGAGCUGCUGAGAAGCAGCUCCCGCAGAGAAGGCAUGUGGGACAGUGAACUUACCGCCCGUAUCGGCCAGUGGAUCACUCAAAUCGAAGAGGAAGAUGGACUGGUAGAAGAGGCUUCUGGCCCUCUGUCUAGUUCACAAGGCAUAUUUUCUAUGGGAAGCCCUGCUGCGAGAUCCAAUGGAUCUAUGUAUUUUGGCGAUGACGUACCAUUGGGGCCUGGAGGCAAUGCCCGUUGGGGCAGCCGACGUGAAAGUGUGCCACUCAGCGCGUUCAACCCGACGGAGAAGACCAUCCCAGAGGAGAAGCGAGUCAUGGUGCGGGCUGUCGAAUUCGAUUUGAGAGAGCGGUUCGCGACGCUUCAGUGUGGCGCUCGCAAUCUUGCACCAGGAAUGCCUGACAUGAAGACUCGGGCAGCGAGGAUUACGUGGUGA